AUGACCGCCUCACCUCGCUCACAACAACAGCUGCCCCGACUAUCAACGCGCCCUGUAGCUCCCGCGUCUGAAAGCUGUGGCGUGAGCCGUUCGACGUCGGUAUCAAGUCCCGCAUCCGCCGCCUCGCCCGGGUCCGGUGCUUCCACCCCUGCGCACACCCCGGGUGCCUCUGCUUCACAACCCCACCUCGCCAUCAAACCGUCAUCACACAUUGCCGUCCAGGCCACGACAGCUAAGCCUGUCAAUAUGAUGGCCAUGACCUCUGUCAUCACCCCCAACCAGCAGGCCGCGCCCAUGAAGCCGCCCAUGUCCGUCACCAGCAAGGAGUGGGUGAUCCCGCCUCGGCCCAAGCCGGGCCGCAAGCCGGCGACCGACACUCCGCCGACCAAGCGCAAGGCACAGAACCGUGCUGCGCAGCGGGCCUUCCGCGAGAGGAGGGCCGCUCGUGUCGGCGAGCUGGAGGAGCAGCUCGAAGAGCAGAAGGAGGCUCACGACAAGGUCGAGCAGGAGCUCCGCGACAAGGUCCAAGGGCUCGAGGUCGAGACCCAGACCCUGCGCACGAGAUGCCAAGUGCUCGAGAACAUGCUCGAGCGCGAGAGAGUCGAGCGGGCCCGUGUCGGUACCGAGCUCGAGAGCAUGAAGGCGCGCAAGGCGUCCGAGGCAUCCCUCUCCCGCAGCGGAAGCACGUCGUCCUCCCAGCCUCUGCAGAGGCACCAUUCCUUUCAGCACCAACGAGGAUCCACCGGCAACGCCGACCACUACUCCAGAUCAAGCCGCUCCAGCACUACCAGCGUUGCGGCCCCGAGACCGUCGGCGCACACCUUCUCCAUCUCGCAGAUCAUCUCACCGCCCGACGAGCUAGACGACACGCUCACCUGUGGCUCGUGCAAGCCGACCGGCCCCUGCGCCUGUGCCGACGAGGUCCUGGCCAAGGCUACCUCUGGCUGCGGCAAGUGCUCCCUGGGCACCAAGUGCGAGUGUCUGGAAGAGAGCGUCAACGCUACGCUCGGCCACUCCGAGUCCUCGUCACCGGUUCUGAAGCGGCCGUUUCGAUCCAGCUCGCCACUGCUAGGCCCCGACGAGAAGCGGUUUCGCCCAGAUACUGAGAUGGAGACCGACUUCACCUCGCUCUUCUCACGGAAGCGGACCUCGGUGACCGCCGUCAGCCUCAACGCACCCGCGCAACCCCCGACCUCCAACAGCACUUCGUAUUUUCCCAUCCCCAGCACAGAGGAGGAGCCGCAGCCCAUGGAGACGGGCAUCCCCAAGGACCCCUGCGGAUUCUGUGAGGAAGGGACCUACUGCGUCUGCGCCGACGCCAUGCGCAGCUCCUCCAGCGCCGCCCCUCCUCCCGCUCCCCCUCCGCAGUCGGCGGCUAUUCAGCAACCCACCUCCCUGAUGUCGGCGCAGGAGCACACCCCGCCGCCCUCCGAGGACGACGUCGUCCCCUCGCCCAUGGAGGUCACGGCCACGGGCGCCAUCAAGCUGCCCAGCCUCAAGUCGCUGCGCCUGCGCCGCGACAACAGCGGCACCCCCGCCAAGCGCUCCACCUGCGGGCCCGGCGGGCCGGGCACCUGCGCGCAGUGCCUGGCCGACCCCAAGUCCGGCCUGUUCUGCCGGUCCCUCGCGGCCAACUUUGAGCGCCAGGGCGGCCUCGGCGGUAGCGGUGGCGGUAGCGGCGGCUGCUGUGGCGGCGGCGGCGCAGGCGGCUGCUGCAAGAGCAAGGGCGGUGCCAAGUCGAAUGCCGCUGCCGGUGCCACUUCAUCAGGCGCUGCUGCCGCCGACAACAGCAGCAGGGCGGGGGCCAGCAAGAAGCAGCAGCAGAUCGGGCUGAGCCUGUCGUGCGCCGAGACGUACAAGACGCUGGCGAGCCACAGGCACUUCAGCGAGGCGACGGACGACAUCGGCACGUGGCUGCCGCUGCUGCGGGCGGCGCCGCGGCCGGACCCCAGGCAGCUGGCCAGGGGCGGGGGCGGCGGGGAGCGCGCACCGGGCGGCGGUAGCAAGCUGCAUCCCAUGGAGGUCGAGGCCGCGAGCAUCAUGAGCGUGCUCAAGGGGUUCGACGUGCGGUUUGGGGAGUGA